AUGUUCGAUUUACUUCGUUAUGUAUGUGAAUUUCUAUUUGGUUCUUCACUAGCACUUUCACAAGAAAGUUUUGAAUAUCUUUCAACUAAUCUUCAUAUAAUUGUUAUUCAAAUUAUUCAACAAUCAUUUUUAAUUACUUUAAGAUCAAAAAGAAUUCGAUUGUUAGGUGAUGAUUUACAAUUAGUUCUUAAACAUCGAGCUAUUUCACCAUUAUUUGGUUAUUGUUGUUCAUCAACAACGAAUAAAGAUAUAUCGAUUAAAUUAAAUGAAACUACAACAAAUAUUUCACGUCGAAAUAAGCGUUUUCAAUUAGAAAAUAUCUCAAAAAAAUGUAUUGUUACAUGUGAUGAUAUUAUUGUUCAUGUGGAAUGGUUAGCUAGAGCUGGAGAACAGAAAUGUGCUCAAAUAAAAUCAUCAUUCUUUGAUAAAUCAUUAUUAAAUAAUGAACAACAACUUUAUUUAUCAUUUCUUCAAUCAAAAACUUUUAAUAAAGAAAUUCAAAAUUCUUUACGCUAUGAUCAAAUUGCAAUAAAUUCAAUUCUGUCAUAUCUUAUUGAAUGGUGUCGAAAUAAUAUAUGUGAUUGUCUUCUACAUAAUUAUCGAUUAGAUAAACGUCGUCAACUCUCUUAUUAUUUAACUAUUAUUGAUUGUUUACUUGAAAAUCCAUCAAUAACUAUCAAUUAUUAUUUACAUAUCUUAUCACCAAUAGUUAUAAAUUGUUUAUUAUAUGAAUUUGAGAAUGAUAAUUUAAUGGAUUUUGAUGCUACGAAUAAGGAAUGUGUUGUUAAUACUGAUCAUAUAUGGUUACUUCGUUUAUUAGCUGCUCGAACAUGUGUUAAAAUCUUACAACGUUCAAAUUUUCUUAUCUAUGAUAUAUUUUAUAUCCGUAUUAUUUCUCGACUCGUUUAUUCAUUAACUAAAACAAAUACUUCAUCAUCUAUAAUCUAUGCUAUUCUCUAUUUAUUUGAACAAUUAGGUUGUUAUGCUUCUCGUACAUUUCUCUUGCCACAUUUGUUAGAUAUUGAUUCAUCAAAAAUAAUUUCUUCAAAAUCUAUACAAAGAAUACUUGAACGUAUUGCUAGAAUGAUCGUUGAAAUAUAA